AUCAGGCUCUGUGUCUGCUAAAAGUGAUGAGUCACUUAAGAAUCCACCAGACUUAAGUGAGGAAACACCAUCUUCCAAAAGGUUUCAAUAUGAGACAUUAGAUUCAGACUUUCAGACUCACAGGAGCCAGAAGAAUUUCAAAGACAAUAUCCUGUGGAUCUUCAAGGAUCUUGAGAGCAAGAUAAUCCGAUUUCUGAAAAAUGAGCUUGAGAAUUUUAAGAAAAUAUUACAAAAAGAAAACAUGCAAUACUUUGUGAAAGACUUUAAUGAGAAUAGAUGCAGUAUCAAGGAAAUAGCUCUUGAUCUCACACUCUACUUCUUGAGAGAUAUGAAGCAAGAUGUAGCUGCUGAUACUCUAGAAGAUGAGCUUCUCUUCAUUCAUCAACUAAAAAGUAACCUAAAGAAUAAGUACCAAUGCGUGUUUGAAGGCAUUGCAAAGCAAGGUGAAUCUACACUUCUGAAUAACAUCUACACAGAUCUCUAUAUCACUCAGGGUUGUAGUGAACAGGUCAAUACUGAACAUGAAGUAAGACAGAUUGAAGUUACUACCAGGCAUCAAGAAUCACAAGAGAUACAUGUUGAAUGCACAAAGAUGUUUCAAGCUCCUGAACAAGAAAAGCAGAUCAGAACUGUACUGACAAAAGGAGUUGCUGGCAUCGGAAAAUCAGUCUCUGUGCAAAAGUUUGUUCUGGAUUGGGCUGAAGAAAAAGAAAAUCAAGAUAUCAGUUUCAUAUUUCCUCUUCCAUUUAGAGAGUUGAACUUAAAGGAGAUCGGAACACAAAGCUUGACAAGUAUUAUAAGUCAGUUUUUCCCAGAAACAAAAACACUGAAUCUUAAAAGAAGGAAUCAAUUCAAAGUCCUGUUCAUUCUUGAUGGAUUGGAUGAAUGUCGUCUUCCUCUGAACUUUGAGGGUAAUGAGACGUGGUCUGAUGUAUUAUCACCAGCCUCUUUGGAUGUUCUCCUGACAAACCUCAUCAAGGGAAAUCUGCUUCCUUCUGCUCUCAUCUGGAUCACCACCAGACCAGCAGCUGCCAGUAAGAUUCCUCCUGAUUAUAUUGACCGGGUAACAGAGGUCAGAGGUUUCAACGAUGUACAAAAGGAGGAGUACUUCAAAAAAAGAUUCACUGAUCAGAAUCUGGCCAGUGAAAUCAUUGAUCAUGUAAAAAAAUCAAGGAGUCUCUUUAUCAUGUGUCACAUCCCAGUCUUCUGCUGGAUUUCAGCCACUGUUCUCCAGAAUAUUUUGGAGGAAAAAAGAAAUAAUGAUCAGAAAACCCAUCAGGCUGAUGACGCCUCCAAAACACUGCAGAAAUCAAAUACUGAUGACAUUCCUAAGACUCUGACACAAAUGUACACACACUUUCUCCGUUUUCAGAUCCUGCAGAGCAGACGAAAGUAUGAUGGAGAAUAUACACCGGAUAUUUCCUGGGAUAAAGAUGCCAUCCUUUCACUGGGGAAACUUGCAUUUCAUCAGUUAGAAAGAAAUAACCUGAUCUUCUAUGACACAGACCUGGAAGCCUGUGGUAUUGACAUAUAUAAAGCAUCAGUGUAUUCAGGCAUGUGUACCCAGAUCUUUAAGGAGGAAACAGGGAUCAUUUUUGGUACCAUGUACUGUUUUGUUCACUUGAGCAUUCAAGAGUUCAUUGCAGCCCUUUAUGCACAUCUGUUUUUAGACAUCAACAAGAAAAGUGUGUUUGUUCAAGACUCUGCAGAACAGGAAAACAAAAAUGAAGCCAUGAUUGAUUUGCUCAGUACUGCAGUGGACAAGGCACUCGAGAGUGACAAUGGACACCUGGAUCUUUUUCUUCGUUUCCUUCUUGGUCUGUCACUCCAAUCCAAUCAACUACUCUUACGAGGUCUGUUGUCACAGUAUGACUACAGUGACAAGAGCAAAAAGGAAGUAGUUCAGUACAUCAAGCAGAAAUUAGAAGCUAAUCUGUCUCCAGAGAGAUCCAUCAAUCUGUUCUACUGUCUGAAUGAACUGAAUGAUCAAACUCUGGUAAAAGAGAUUCAGACCCACCUCAGUAAAGGAAGUCUUUCAUCUUCUGAUCUUUCACCUGCCCAGUGGUCUGCUUUGGCCUUUGUUUUGUUGACAUCAGAGGAGGAGAUGGAGGAGUUUGAGCUUCAGAAAUUCAAGAAAUCAGACGAAUGUCUCAUUAGAUUAUCAGCAGUCAUUAAAACUACCAAAAGAGCUUUGCUAAAUGAUUGUAACCUAACAGACAAAAGCUGUCCAGCUCUGGCUACAGUUCUUGGAUCAGAUACCAGUCUGAAAGAGCUGAACAUGAACAAUAACAAUCUGCAGGACUCAGGAGUAAAGCAUCUCUGCAUUGGACUGAAGAGUGUAAAUUGCAAAUUAGAGAUACUGAGACUAUCAGACUGCGGCAUCACUGAAGAAGGUUAUAAAUCUCUGGCUUCAGCUCUGAGAUCAAAUCCUUCACACCUGAUAGAGCUGGAUCUCAUAGGAAAUGAUCCUGGACAAUCAGGAGUGAAGGAGCUCAAUGAUUUACUACUGGAUCCAAACUGUUUUUGGGCCCUGCUGCAGAUGAAGCCUGAUAAACACUGUAUACUCAGCACACUAAUGUUUCUGAAAAGCCCUGCCGCACAGGAAGCAUGUGAUUAUCUCACUGAAGUUAUAGGUACAAGUCCAUUAGUUCUGAAAGAACUGGAUCUGAGUGAAGUUAAAUUAGGAGACCUGGAUGGGGGGAAACUCUCGGCUCUUUUUAUGGACUCUCAUAACCAACUGGAGAAAAUUAAGCUGAAUAAUUGUAGGCUGACAGAGAAAAGCUGUUCAGUUUUAGCUACUGUUCUCUCCUCCAAAACCAUCCUGAAAGAGAUGAACCUGAAUAACAGCCGUCUGCUGGACUCAGGAGUCAAAGAGAUCUGUGAGGGAUUGAAGAAUCCUGUGUGUGAGCUGAAGAUACUCAAAAAAGUUCACAAAAGUCCUCCAUAUAAUCCCCAACUGAGCAAUUACCUUGACGGAGGUGAACAAGGUGUGAUGCUGGGUUCAAGGCUGUGUGAUUGUGGUCUAACAGAUGAAAGCUGUUCAGCUCUUGCUACAGUCCUGAGAUCAAACUCAACUCUGAAAGAACUUGACUUAAGCAACAAUAAUCUUCAAGAUUCAGGAGUGAAGAAACUCCAGAAUGGAUUAGAAGAUGCAAACUGCACACUGGAGAACCUCAGCAGCCUCCAGGCUGUCUUCCCAUGGAACAGUGAGUUCAACCAUGAUGACCGUUCUUGUGAUAGUAGACCAAAGCAAGAUGCCUGGCCAGAGGGAGGUUACAGUGAUCUGCUGCAGGAAAUUCAACUGGUGGUCAAGAUCAGCUCUAAGCUCCCUUCGAGUGAUAGCAGAGACCACUCCUAUCUGGUGCUUCCAAGCUCCUCAGCCUCUUGCCUCACAAACUGGUUUAGGCCAUGA